AUGUGUCAUAUUUGCUUUAACAAUGUCGUCGGCCCUCUUCAACUUCAUAUUCUUCAUAAUAUUUCUUCUCCCCCUCGGCACUUCUUCUCAAAACGAUGGCACUGUAAACGUGGGGACCUCACUUGCUGCAACAGAGAGGUCCAAUCCAUGGCUUUCAGCCUUUCACCUUCUGGAGAUUUUGCAUUUGGAUUUCAGAAACUUCAAGACAAUGAUCAAUUUCUACUUUCUAUAUGGUACAAUAAAAUACCAGCAAAAACCAUAGUAUGGUAUCCGAAGGAUACAAGUCCAGUAUCACGUGGAUCGACUGUGGAGAUUGAUACACAAAAUGGGCUGGUGCUUCGUGAUCCUCAAGGGAGCCGGCUAUGGCGUACAGAAAAUAUUGUUGAUAGUGUUUCUGGUGGUUUUAUGAAUGAUACUGGAAAUUUUGUUAUAUCGCGGAGGGAUUCAACCGGGAUAUGGGAAAGUUUUAAAAAUCCAAGUGAUACGAUGCUGCCUACGCAGAUAAUUGAGAUUAAUGGUAAGCUUGUUUCACGAAAAUCUGAAACGAAUUUCUCUCGAGGAAGAUUUUAUCUAGACAUGCUUAACAAUGGGAAUUUAGUGCUUAAUACUCGAAGUGUGUCGAGGAAUUUGGGUUUUGAUGAUGAGUAUUACAACAGCCAAACUUCUGAUCUUGCAAAUGUAUCGAAUUCUGGUUAUCAAGUGAUCUUCAGUGAAAGGGGCUCAAUUCAAGUUUUGAGGAGAAAUGGCGAACGAAAAGCCUUAACUACUGAGCGGUCAAUUCCAACCACUUCGGAUUAUUAUCACAGGGCAACUCUUGAUUUUGAUGGAGUUUUCAGACAGUAUUAUCAUCCCAAGAGUUUUAGUGGCAAUCCUGGGUGGACUGCUGCUGAAUAUUGGCCCGAAAAUAUAUGUGUCAGCAUUACUGGAAAUUAUGGAAGUGGGGCUUGUGGGUAUAACAGUAUCUGCAGACUUCAGAAUGGAACACCAAUUUGCAGAUGCCCUCAAGGUUAUUCAUUGGCUGAUCCGAACGAUGCUAACGGUCACUGCUACCCAAAGUUUAUGCCAAACUGCGGUGAAGAGGAUCAGAAGGGUUCUGCAGAAGAUUUAUACGAAAUGUUGGAGGUUUCUGACACUGAUUGGCCAACAUCGGAUUUUGAGGAAAUAAGCCCUUGUUCAGAAGAUUGCUGUAAAAAUGAAUGCCUGAAUGAUUGUUUCUGUGCCGCUUCAAUUUAUAAAGAUGAUCAAUGCUGGAAGAAGAAGCUGCCACUGUCUAAUGGGAGACUUGACACUAGUGUCAAUGUAAAUUCUUUUCUCAAGUUGAGGAAGGUUGAUGUUCCUUUACAACGUCCUAAUCUUCCAAGUCCAGAAUCUCCAGAUAAACGGAAAAAGGACCGGGAAACGUUGAUACUCGUGGGAUCAGUACUCUUGGGCCGCUCCGUGUUCAUAAACUUCAUGCUUGUAGGUGCAGCUUGUUUUGGUUUUAUCCUUAUUUACAACAAUAAGAUCACAAAUUUCCGACGAGUUCACAAUGCAGCAGGACUGAAUUUGCAGUGUUUUACUUAUAAAGAACUUGCACAAGCUACAAAUGGGUUCAAGGAAGAACUGGGUAGAGGUUCUUUUGGAAUUGUCUACAAAGGAGUAAUGCCAAUGGGUUCCAUAACCACCAUUGCAGUGAAGAAGCUGGAUAGAGUGGCUCAAGAUACUGAAAAAGAAUUCAGAACAGAAGUGAAUGUGAUAGGUCAGACUCAUCAUAAGAAUUUGGUCCGCCUGCUUGGAUUUUGUGAUGAGGGGCCUCAAUUGUUGUUGGUUUAUGAGUACAUGAACAAUGGAACUGUAGCAAGCUUUCUUUUUGGUGAUUUGAAACCAAACUGGAAUCAAAGAACUCAAAUUGCAAUGGGGAUAGCCAAGGGACUAGCGUAUCUACACGAAGAAUGCAGCACCCAAAUCAUCCACUGUGACAUCAAGCCUCAGAAUAUACUUCUUGAUGAAUAUUACAAUGCUCGGAUUUCAGACUUCGGAUUGGCAAAACUUCUGAUGGUCAAUCAGAGUCGUACCCUUACUAAUAUCAGAGGUACAAAAGGCUAUGUUGCACCUGAAUGGUUUAGAAACACGAAAGUCACCGCGAAGGUCGAUGUUUAUAGCUUUGGCAUUUUACUACUGGAGAUCAUUACAUGCAGAAGAAGCCUGGUAGAUUUGGAAUUUGGAGAAGGAGAAAAUCCAAUUCUUGCAGAUUGGGUUUGGGACUGCUUUCAGGAAGGAAGGUUGGAUAAUUUGGUUGUAGAUGAUACAGAAGCCUUAAAUGACAAGAAAAGACUAGAAAGGUUCGUGAUGGUUGGCAUUUGGUGCAUUCAAGAAGAUUCAUCUCUGAGGCCAACCAUGAGAAAGGCCUGCCAAAUGCUUGAAGGAAUUCUUGAAGUUAAAAUCCCCCCUUGUCCAUCUUCUUUCACCUCAACUGAUUAAGUUAUUAAGUAAUUAGCUUGUUCGUUACACUUCUUUUUUUCUUUAUUAAAAUUCAUGGUCUGUAAUUUUCAU